UGGAAGCCUAUGAUUGAUCAGAGCGAAAUCAUGUUCGUGCAUGCGACAAACGAUCCUCGUAUUCGAUCCUUUCCAUUUUCAAUGAGACUUAUCAGUAAGGAGACUCCAGCAAUGAGUAGUGGAGACACCAGAACGCUGCGCGAAAGAGCGAACCCGAAGGCGGUGAGAGGGAUGUCGACACGAUGGAAGCUAUGA